CGUCUCGCUUUCGAUUGCUUGUUUCUGCUCACAAUUUCAAUCAACUUCCAACCUAAAACAAAAACAACAACAGCACAACCACCACAGCAAGAUCGAUCAACACACUAGCAACAACAUGAACAUGAUGAACCAAACAUUCGCUCCUUAUCCAUAUUACCCAAAUCAAGCCUUCUACUACCCUGCAAUGCCUCAGUACCCCAAUCAGCAGACUCAGAUGGCACAGCCUCAACGAACACACUCCACCUCUAGCGUUGCCCCCAUCACUCCCACCGAAAACGACGUCUUGAUGGGCCGAGGAGGAAAGAACAACCUGCACAUUGGAAAUGAAAAGCUUCGUGCCAUGGCUCGCGCCAAAGUCAGCGUCUACGCAAAUGCCGACAAGAAGGACAAGUCCAACAUGUCACUCUCCUUGGUCGCCGAAGUCCAUGCCUUGUCACCUGCUGGACGAUUCCUCAAGCGCGAUCCCGCAACCUUGACAUGGCACAUUGUACCAGAUGAACUGGCUCGUGAAAAGACUUCUCAAUGCCUUCGUGAUGCCGUCUCUGAGGGGAAAAAGCGUCGCCGAAACUCCGACUCAAAGGUCCAGCAAGCCAAGAAACAACAGCAACAAACGGCUCCCAUGAACGUUCCUCAAGAGCCUCUCGUUCGAAAAGUGACUCCGAUUCUCCUGGACAUGUCUGCUAUCAGCAACAACAUGAGCGACCUCACUAGCUCUCCCGUGGAGCAAAAGCCUCAGAACGAAGACGACAACGCUACUGUCACGUCCAUCUUUACCAUCCCAGCAGAGAUCAUUGCUGAUCUGUUGGAAACUUCCCCCAAAGACAACGUGAUUCAUGAAGUGUCAACCAUUGUUUCUGACGACCCUGCUGAGCCAAGUUAUGACUUUGAGUUGUUCGACUCCGACUCCUUGCUCAGUGAAGAAAACCUCCUUUUGGAACCAAUCGCUGUCGACUGGACCACCUCCGACUUCCAAUAAUUACUGAACCACUGCAACCUUCCUUUCUCAGUACUUCCACCUUCCAAAUGCUGAGCACAACAAAGUCAUAAAUCUCCUUUCAUAAGAUGUAACAAUAAUAAGCAACCAAAACAAAACAAAAACAUUCUCGCAGAACGGUACCGGUACG